GUCACUGUUUAACCGGUUUUAAAUUUAGUCACACGACAGCCACCGGCAAUGGUAUACUACAUUUUUAACUGAAAGACGGAAUAUCUGCGAAAAUGACGGUGGAUUUUGAGGAAUGUAUUAAAGAUUCCCCCCGAUUCAGGGCAAACAUCGAUGAAGUCGAGACUGAUGUUGUGGAAAUAGAAGCAAAGCUAGAUAAGUUGGUGAAGCUAUGCAGUGGUAUGAUUGAAGCAGGCCGUGCAUAUGUCAGCGCCAACAAACUUUUCGUCAACGGCAUUCGAGACUUGUCUCACCACUGCAAAAAGGAGGAAAUUAUCUCAGAAUGUCUUGAAAAGUGUGGAGAGAGCCUUCAGGAAAUCGUCAACUAUCACAUGAUUCUGUUUGACCAGGCCCAGAGGUCCAUAAAGCAACAAUUGCACAAUUUUGUAAAGGAGGAUGUUCGAAAGUUCAAAGAGACAAAGAAGCAGUUUGAUAAGGUGCGAGAGGAUAUGGAGAUAUCCCAGGUGAAGAACGCACAAGCUCCUCGCAACAAACCGCAUGAGGUGGAGGAGGCCACCAGCUCUCUCAUCACAACCCGGAAGUGCUUCCGACACCUCGCCCUGGACUAUGUGCUACAGAUCAAUGUUCUUCAGGCCAAAAAGAAAUUUGAAAUCCUGGACUCGAUGCUGUCAUUCAUGCGGGCUCAGUACUCUUUCUUCCAGCAGGGAUUCAAUCUCUUGGAUGAGAUUGACCCCUAUAUGAAGAAGCUGGCUGCUGAGUUGGAUCAGCUGGUCAUAGAUUCAGCCGUGGAGAAAAGAGAGAUGGAGCACAAACAUGCCACCAUACAACAACGGACUUUGAUGCAGGAUUUUGCUUAUGAUGACUCCAAAGUGGAAUUUAAUGUUGAUGCUCCCAAUGGUGUGGUGAUGGAGGGAUACCUGUUUAAGAGGGCAAGCAACGCUUUCAAGACAUGGAACAGGCGAUGGUUUUCAAUACAGAACAGUCAACUAGUCUAUCAGAAGAGACUAAAAGAUGUCUUGACUGUGGUUGUAGAAGACCUAAGACUUUGCUCUGUAAAACCAUGUGAGGACAUUGAGAGGAGGUUUUGUUUCGAAGUGGUUUCCCCUACCAAGAGCUGUAUGCUGCAGGCUGAAUCUGAGAAACUCCGCCAAGCUUGGAUCCAGGCCGUUCAGGCGAGCAUCGCUUCUGCCUAUAGAGAGAUUUCUGAAAACUAUUACACUGAGCGUUUAGAUAGGACAGCAUCUCCCUCCACGAGCAGUAUAGACUCUGCCAGUGAGCCACGGGAGCGUAUUAUCAGGGGAGAGAGUAUUCUACCGCGGGUCCAGUCUCUUCCAGGAAACGAGAUCUGCUGUGACUGCAGUCAGGCUGACCCACGAUGGGCCAGCAUCAACCUAGGCAUUCUGCUCUGUAUCGAGUGCUCUGGCAUUCACAGGAGUUUGGGUGUCCACUGCUCUAAAGUUCGGUCUUUAACUCUUGACACAUGGGAACCAGAGCUUAUGAAGUUAAUGUGUGAGCUUGGCAACACAGUAAUCAACCAGAUUUAUGAAGGCUCAUGUGAAGAAAAGAGACUAAAGAAACCUGGUCCCAACAGUUCAAGGCAAGAGAAAGAAGCAUGGAUCAAAGCAAAAUACGUUGAGAGGAAGUUUCUGAAGAAGAUGUGUGGCUCAGAAGCCCUGGUGGAGGGCAGUAGAAAAUCCCAUCACUGGAACGUGAAAAAGUGCAGGAGGCACAACAGCUCCAUCAGAGCUCCUAAAACACGGCGGAAAUACAGACACGACACCGGCAUUUUGUCACCUGGCAACCUUUCAGCUGCUGCUGCAGCUGCAAAGUUCAGAAGAGAAUCUUUGUUCUGUCCAGAUGAACUUGAUUCCCUCUUCUCUUACUUUGACACAGGCUCAGGGCCUCGCAGUCUCAGCAGUGACAGUGGGCUUGGUGGCAGUACUGACGGCAGCACGGAUAUCCUGGUAUUUGGAUCAGUGGUGGACAGCGUCACUGAGGAGGAGUGUGAAGACUCUGAUGAGUCCAGUGGGGAGGUUGAUAUCGAGCAGGAAGCAUCAGAUCCAGAGGACGUGCGGGAGCUUGACCCGAGCACACUACUCCAUAAAGCAUCACGGGCCAGGAACAUGCCAGUCAUGGCUGAAGCACUCGCACAUGGUGCAGAUGUCAACUCUGUCAGUGAAGAGGAAGAAAGCAAGAGUCCAUUAAUACAGGCUGUCUUAGGGGGUUCUCUGAUUGCUUGUGAGUUCCUCCUGCAGAAUGGAGCAGAUGUGAAUCAGAGGGAUGUACAAGGACGAGGACCCCUCCAUCAUGCCACAUGCCUGGGUCACACAGGAGAGGUUUGCUUGUUCCUAAAACGAGGAGCUUCUCAGAUGGAGAUCGAUGAGGACGGGCAGGACCCUCUCAGUAUAGCCGUUCAGGCAGCCAACGCAGACAUCGUCACAUUAUUGCGGUUAGCUCGGAUGAAUGAAGAGAUGCGGGAAGCAGACAGGCCCUUCGGACAGCCAGGUCAAUACCCUUGCAGCAGUCCUACAGAGCAGCAGUACAGAAAGUGUAUUCAGGAGUUUAUCUGCCUCACCAUUGAUGAAUGCUAGGGGGCGCUCUCGAGCGGUGACAGACUAUGGGGAGAAGUUCUUUCAAAGUGUGUAGCUUUAGAAAGGAGCACCACCCCCCCCCCCUCCCCCCCCCGCCCCCCCAGAGUUACCUGACCAAUUAGUUUACACAUUGUGUUAGUAUGUAUGUGGUUAACACAAAAUAAUUAAAUGAAACCGUUAUUUGCAGUAUGUGACAGGUAGAGCCUAUUUGAAUUUAUGUGCAUCAUGCCAACGUGACUUUAAUCGCAAUAUAAAAAUGAAUUUAAUUAAUUGUUGGAUUAAAGGGCCAGCCUUUAUCUCUUUAGAUUGAGGUAAAGUUUGUUUCGUAUUAAUUUUAAUUAUUUCAUAAUUCAGAACAGAAUUCCUUGUGUAAUUGAGUCAGCAUCCGUAAAAUACGACUGUGCGCACUUUUCCUACCGACAGUAUUUGUUAUUUUUUUUAUGCGUUUUUCUUUUCAUUUGUGAUUCUACUUAAUGUUAAUGUUGUUUGUUGUGCUUUUUAUUUAUGUUCCGUCCUGGGUGCAAUGAUAACUGGAAAAUCUAUUGUCAUGUACAUUUUUCUUGUUUAUUUAGGUACUGAAGGGAUUUCCUUUUGUCUAAUUAAACUUUUUUCAUCUUUUGCAUUUGUAAAACAGUUUAAAACUUGCUCUACUCAUCAGUUGUCCUCAUAUGCUAAUGAAAAAGUUUUAGAGAGAUGUCAGCUAUUCUAAAUUAUUUAUAGAACCUAUAAAAUUUGUCUGUUUUAUAUAUUUGUACUUGUGUUGCCAAGCUCCCAAUGACUGUAAUGUGUUUUUUUAUUGAAAACUGCUUGUCUAUAGCAAUCUGUCUGUAGAAGCAGUCCAUAUUUGCAUGCUUUUACUCGCUCGUGUACCAAGGCAAAAGUGCCUGUCUGUAUUAGAAGCACGGUUCUUUAUUUUAGCCACAUGCUUCUGUCAUUAUGUGAAAAUGCAUGAGCGCAGAUGACAUCUGCUUUGUGUUUUCCAUUUUUUCUCCACAUUUAAUGCAAUGAGUAAGACUAGCCCAUGUCAGAUUAAGUUUCAGCAGUGAGUCUGAAAUGUGGGUGUAGUUUCAUGAGUGAGUCACUAGAUGGUCAGUACAGUACAAAGCAAAGAACAUCUUACAGACUUAUUUUUUUCUUAACCCUUAUGUUGUGUUACAAUCAUUUUGACCUGGACAAAUUUUAUUUUUACUUAAUCCAAUUGGAAUCAUUUGCUCACAUAUGGUAUCUGAAAACACACAAAAAAACUGACAAUUUCCUUUACGUUUCAUUGUUAGUUUUUUUUUUUUCUUCACUUUGUUACUUCUGUUUUGUUCCUGGUCAAAAAUGAGCAGCCAUUGGAAAUUAAUGGAUUAGACUAAAGUGUACAGAAAUAUUAAGGGGCAGAUUCACUAAACAAUUUUCACGUGGUAUUUCAGCACAAAUACCUGCAUCUAUUCUGUAACUACCCGCAAUCACAUUUAGCAGCUGCAAUCAGCACUGAAAUUGUGCCGCAUCUUCGGUAUUUAAAUGAAGUCAUUGUCAUUCCUUUCCACGCAAACACGCCUCCUUUCUAUGCAAAUUAGGCUCAUUAAAGAUUGUGCUUCAUUCACAAAACUUUGUGCAAUUUGAAAAAAACUUAUUAUAAUAAAGAAUGAGUGAGUGUUACAAAACUUUUGACCGGUAGUGUAUAUGCAUUGUAAAAUCCAGAUUCUUAGCUUUCAUUUAUAACAUAAUUAUUAUUAUUUUUAAUAUGUAAAAUAUAAGUACAAAUUUACUAAAAAAAGAAGUUGACAGAAAGAUCUAAUGCAAUAUUUUGGGAUAAUAUAUGCUAUAUGAGAGAUUUAUUAACAAUCUUAGUUGGCUGGUCAUUUCUGACUGUGAACACAAAAGGUGUUAACACAAAUGAACACAACACAAGGGUUAAUUGAAAGAAAAACGGAUGUAUCUCAAUAAAAAUUGCUUGGAGGAUGGAAAAUAUUCUCUGUAAAACAUUUCAGUUUUGUUUUACAGAAACCUUCAGUCCACUACAAUUUAGUUUAUCUGAGAAUAGGGACAGCUUAGAAAAUAGAAAAUCACAAAUGCGGUGUUGAGGUCAUUGUAAGGGACCAAUUCAAUUGUUGUGUCUGGAUGUGUUUUAUACAAAAAGUCAAUCUUAAAAAUGCUUCUUAACUGCUGUGCUGUGUAUAUGCUUUGAACUGUUCUCAAAUUGCUUUCUCACUCUCUUCAUUCAGCUUUGGUUUUGUUGUUUCUCUUGCAAAAUUCUGUACAAUUUGUUUUCACACUGUGAGAUGACAUUCCGUGUUUGGAAACAUUCUUGUACUGUUUGUACAAUUCUUUGUACGACAAAAAUCUUUAAAAAGAAACUUUUGUCUUUUGAAACACUGACAAACAAUAAAACAAGCGAAGUCUUGAACUCAAACUUCUGCUCUGCUUUUUCUAUCUUUUGACAGUCUCUGCAUCAGUCUGUAAUUCCUUGCAAACAAACUGUUUGUUUAAGGAUUUAGGAAGACGUUUGCAGACAGUGAGGUGUAGGGUUGGGUCACUAUUCUCUGUUAUUUUCUUUUGGUUGCAGUGUUGGUAAAGGGGCUGUUUAGAGGAUAAGUCAGAUAAUGCAGAUUCAGAUGCGGAUGGAAUUCACACAAAUGAGUGUUUCAUGACUAGUUUCCAACUAGUGUUUUGGUGACACACACAAUGCAAGAAUUAUCUUUUCAGUAGGUUUCUAUUAAAUAUCCCCUUUGGAUUGGUGUUUCGAGAAGGGACGUGGUU